GCGUCCUUUUUACAAUUUUUCCAUUACUAAUUGCCCCAAGAUCAUACGAAGACAGCUUUAUCCAUGUUUCUCAUGCCGUUAUCAACGCUGUUCUACAUGUAAUUGGCUCUUCAUCUCGGGCCUUCGGCAUAUCCGCCAGUCAACGUUAACCAAUAGAUAAGCCGAAUAGUGAGAAUAAUGUGCCCGGCUGAGGUGGGAUGGAGAAGCAACAGAUAAGCCCUUCGCCAAUGACGUGGAUCGUCCAUCUCCGACAUCCCCCUCAACUUCACCUUCUUUACAACGAAUAUUAGCAGGCCUAGAACUGCGUCCAGUAGACGGAGGAGGUCGCCUCUUCUCAUGUCUUCUUCCUCUGGACCGCGUAUGAGAACCAAGACAUUCACUGGAUGUUGGACUUGCCGCAAACGCAAGGUGAAAUGCGACGAGGCACGGCCCAACUGCCAGCAAUGCUUAAAGAAGGGCCUGCCGUGCGCCGGCUAUACAACUCGUCUGCAAUGGUUGGCUCCGGAGACCAUUAUCGAUGUACCUUUGGGCGCCCAGCUGCCUACAGCAUACCGAAGCACUGGUAUGUCUUCGAGGAGACAUAUAUUCUGUGAUGGGCCGAGCAAAGUUCUGUGUGACUGGGAAAUUGAUCUCUAUCUUGAUAAGCUGGAUGAAGAGUGUCCCACUGUAGGCGAAGACACGGUCUCUCAUGGACCCUUUGCCGUCUUUCAUCAAGCGUCUUCCAGAGAUGCCCUGCAAGAUGGCGGCUACAGCCAUACUUGGGUCACUGUCCAUUCGCAUACAGACCUAGAGUUCAAUAUUCAAACACCUACACCAUCCCCUGCUCUCACGCCAUCUUUCCACGCAAGAACCUUUGCUGAAGAUGUCAAUACAUUGGCAAGUGACACCAGAGCUACCAUAUCAUUGACUAGUGGUUCUUUUUAUGAAGCUGCGACGGCAGGCUCUCCAAUAAUCGCCAUGCCUUUGUCUUCUGAAGCCCCUGAGACGCUGGGAGUGACUGAAUCCCCAGAGCAUGAGGAAUCUAUUCAGACCCCUCCAGACUUGGUGCGCCAAGUACCUCUCGGGCGAUCCUUCCUACCAGCCAAUUUCGAGCGCCUAUUACAUCAUUAUAUCCAUCAUGUCGUUGACCUCAUGACAGUUAUUCCAACACCAGAAGGGCCAUGGAAGUCGGUCCACCUCCCGCGAGCGUUGCAGGGGACAGCAGAGCUCAAAUUUCUCGGAAAGACGUCGCAUACAUGUAACGCGUUAUUUCACGCUUUGUUGACCAUAAGCGCUUACAACCUGGCCGCAAACUACACUAUCACGGGCCAAGACCUGCAAGCACAGAAAUGGCGUGAGCUUGCUUUAAGACUCAAAGCCCGCUCACUUACAUUCCUCAGAGCAGGUCUUCGCCCAGAAUCGCCAAAAUUUGAGAGGGGAAAAUAUAAAGAGGGUUUAGCAGCCAUGUUGUCCAUGGUGACUAUUGAUGUUUGUUCUGGUGAGACUCGGACUUCCGAAUGGCAUCUCAAAGGUCUAGAAAGCUUCAUUCAGGCUUCCCAACAAAAGGAAAAGAACCACUAUUCUCCCACAACCCGAUCUCUUCACCGGGUGUAUAUGUACCUCCGAGUUAUGAGAGAGAGUACUGAUCUACGAUGUAGCGAGAUCGACGAGAUAACGGACAGCUUUCGCGGUGACAAGUCUUGGCUAUCUGAGCCUCCAUUCUCUUUAGACACUACGAAGGCUGCUGAUAAUUGGCUUCAAGCUACGCCAGAUGACAGCCAUGUGGAUAUGUCAGCUUGUGAAUUCGUAUACGGAAUCCCCCUUCAACUACUUACUCUCCUGGCCAAGGCGUCGGAUCUUAUUCGGCAAAAGAAGGCUUUCUCUCGGCGUCAUCCCAACUCUAUGAUGCCACAUGAUCUCUCCGUUUUAUGCGAUGACCUGGAAUCAAAAAUCCUGGAAUGGCCGAUAGAGCGGAUGAUUGCUGAUUUGCGCAAGUUACCCAUACAUGAGACAUCUCAUCAUCUUAUCGAACAACAGACCAGAGCUUUCCACCAGGCCAUUAUUGUCUACUUUUCUCAGUUGGUGCGAUCAGUGCAUCGAAGGCAUCUCCAACCAUACGUGAAGAAUAUAAUCGACCACCUCGAGACUAUUGAGGUAAUUAAGCAUGGAGCAAAUGUUGUCACUGGAUGUGUGCUUUGGCCGGGCUUUAUAGGCGCGGCAGAAGCAGUUGAGGUUGAAGUACAGUCACGGUACCUACAGUGGUUCAAGGCGACGCGUUUCUAUGGGUUAGGGGCCUAUGAGAAGGCUUGUGAGGUUGUGGUCCAGGUCUGGGAAAUGCAGAAAUCCGAUCCGGGUCAACCCAGCUGCAGCUGGUCGACCCUUGUUGAUUCAAACGACAUCCGACUCAUGUUGACAUGAACUCGCCUUCGUAACAGCGCACCUAAAGCAGCGAACAUCUAUAGGUAGAUAACACUGUACCGAGAAAAUGCAGGAAAGAGCACAUCUAUGUGGAGCGCCUGGAAAGAGAAAGACAUGUAAAGAAAGAACGAAUUCAAGACCUAAAUCGCGGCAUGUUUAGGAAAGCAGUUUGCCUGCUGUGCAGAUGAACAUAUACUGUGAAGAGAAUACUAGUAACUCCAUAAUUGAAGCGAUUGAUGGGGCUUCACUAUCGGUUAUUUACGUCUAAGUACACUUUAUAGACUUC